AGUUUGUUUAGGGAUGAAGAGUGUACUGUUGUAGAUGCUGACGAGGUCCACGGGGGUUGGAUUUUUGCUGAAAGCCUCUGACCAGAAGAAAUACCUGAUGCAAUAAUUAAUAGGAUACAUAUUUGCCUUUUUAAUUCUUUGUUCUUUCUGUCACAAAGUCAGCCAUGUGGUUCUGUUCAGCUGUCGGGGAUCAUUUGUACGGAAGGAGAUAUUUUUUAUUAAGCUUUCUCUUAGUUUUGGUCCUGGUUUCGAUAGCCAUCUUCUCUGGUGAAACUUUGAAAAUCAUUCCGGUUUUCUCUUCCACAAUGCAAACAAGAAAAGACAAUCUGAUGGAUCAACCUGACAACGGGACUUCAACACCUGAUCAGCUUUACAUUCCAACACAAAAAGGCGAAUGCCCAGUGGAGUCUCCAUUGCUGCAGGGACUCGUGAAGCCGUCCUUUGAGUCUUCUCUGACAUUGAUGAAUGUAGAAAAUGAGAACAAAGGAGUGUCUGAGGGAGAGUAUGAGCCCUCGGACUGUACAGCGCGGCAGAGCGUAGCUAUCAUCAUCCCACAUCGCAGGCGAGAAACCCACCUCAUCUACUUCCUAUAUCACCUGCACCCAUUUCUACAGAGACAGCAACUACACUAUGCCAUUUAUGUCGUCAACCAGGCUGGCGAUGCAACUUUUAAUCGAGCCAAGCUCAUGAAUGUAGGGUAUUUGGAGGCGCUGAAGGACCACAGUUGGGACUGCUUCAUCUUCCAUGAUGUGGACCUGAUUCCUGAAAAUGACAAGAAUGUAUAUAUCUGCGACGACAAUCGGCCCAAACACCUGAUAUUUGGCAAGAAUAGCACAGGAUACCAGCUGCCUUACCAAACCAACUUUGGUGGAGUUACCGCUUUGACCAGAGAACAGUUUCAAAAAGUGAAUGGUUUUCCAAACCUUUACUGGGGUUGGGGUGGGGAAGAUGAUGACCUUUACACAAGGGUUCGGCUGCAUAAUAUGAAGAUUGUGCGGCCGCCUGCUGAUGUAGCCCGCUAUACCAUGAUGUUUCACAAGCGAGACCCUGGCAAUGAGAUAAACCCAAUGAGGAUGAAGCUCAUGCAACAAACACAUUCUCUGAUGAAAACGGAUGGAAUCAACAGCUGCUCAUAUACAACUCAGUCAGUUGAAAGAUUGCCGCUUUAUGUAAAUGUUACUGUGGACAUCGGGAAGCCGUAGAGCUGACCUCUCAAUACCUCUCAAAACCUUUUUUUUUUUAAAUAUUUUUAUCCCAGAUUUUUUUCCCAUUUUCAUCAUCCUACCUAAGUCAGUCCUGGGCAUUGCCAUCCUCUACCAACCCCGGGAGGGCCCUGCACUGAGCUCAGGUCUCCUCCUUAACCUGAGGAGUGAGCAGGCCGCAUCUUUUCACCAGACAGGGUGGGGUUUCUCCAGCCGGACGUAGCGCGUGGAAGGAUCACGUUAUUCCGGCCAGAUCCUCCCAACCCCAUCUGGCGCCCCAGUUGGCCAGAGGGGGCAUGUAUAGCCCAGGACUGUUUUUGUGAGGGUAGCUCACAUUGCUACCCAAGGGAACACGGGGAGAACAUGCAAACUCCACACAGAAAGGCCCUUUCUCCAACCCCACCCAGGGUGUGGGCACUGAAGUCAUGGCGGAACUUCAGCGCCCACAGUGUCCCCGGCGGGAAUCGAACCCAGGACCUUCUUGCUGUGAGACGGCUGUACUAGCUGCGCCACCGUGCCCCCUCAUUUAUAUUUUUAAUGUGAAUGUUCACCUUUCUUAUUCACUCGCUCAUAAAAAGUGAUAAAGUUCAAAACUCCACCUUCCAAGUCUGCUAAAGCUCAAAAUCUGUCUUGUUUGUUUAACCCAGAAUGAGACUCAAUGUCAACACCUCUCGUUAUAAAACUGAACAAACACGUCAGUUAAUAGUUAACGUGAUCAAUACAGGAGCUGCAGCAACAGCUGCUAACGACCAUCGAGGGAUGAGCUUGAAGGGAUGACAUCAAAUGUUGUCCACUGAACAUGGUUCAACUGUCCCCUCAUGACGAUGCAGGGUGACAAAAAAAACAAACUAAAAACAUUUAUUCUGGUAUUAACAUUCAAACACAAAUAAGUCAUUAGUAAAGCAGGAUUACCAGUAUGUUUUCCCACAAUUAAAUGACCCUUUCUGCUUUAUUGCUUAAACUACACCUCUUCAUGGCCCUCGGUACUGCCGGACCCUGUCUGGUGAAAAGAAGCGGCCUGCUCACUCCUCAGGUUAAGAAGGAGACCUGAGCUCAGUGCAGGGCCUCCCGGGGUUGGUAGAGGGGAGCAAUGCCCUGGACUGUCACUUAGGUAGGAGCACUGGGUGAAAAAAUUGGGUAAUAUAUAUAUAUAUUUAAAAAAAAAAAAAACGUUGACGGAGCACAUACAUUCGUGCAUUAUAUCACAAAUAUUUUCCAGCUUUAUUCUCCUCAAGUCAAGCCUUAGUACCGGUUUUCCCUGUUUUUAACAACACAGGUAAAGAGGUGCAGAGCAUAUUUGAAUGGUUACAAUGCAUAAAUGCUAAUAGGUGAAAGAUAAAGCCACAAAAAAACAACCUAUCAUAUGCACAUAUUAACACUGACGGUGACACAGGUUUGACUGUGUGAAAACGAGUUGAGGAAAGCAGGCACCAAAUUUAUGAUAUGACUUUAAACAUGAAUACAUUUAGAUAAUGGUAGUUUCUUUCCCCCUCUAUGGAUGACUUGCUUGAUGCAUUUUUCUGCUGCGACAUGUCAGAAUGUCGCUGUGACUACUCUGCUCAAAAGCUCCCCAACGCACUGAAGUAGGGCAUGCUUUUAAAAAAAAAAAAAAGAAGUAAAGAUCAUCUUUGGCCCCUAAAAUAGGCAACUUGUCACGACUUAGUUACCACAUGCUGCGUCCCACGUCUAGUUAGCAUGAUCGAGCCCCCCCCCCCCCCCUCCCCCCCUAACUUUCAAGCAGUCAGUAGCCAUGAAUGCGUUGUGUUUUUGUCUCUUAGCAUAGAGAUUGCAACCGUACCUGAUUUUUAAAUAAACAAACCAAAAGACAAAGACUUACCUCUCCCUUGUUUUCACAAGGGAGAGGUAAGGUAAUCAACAUAAAUGACAGUCCACCUUUACACAGACACCGGCUGGCUGGCUGGCUGGCUGGCUGACUGACUGACUGACUGACUGACUGACUGACUGAAUGUAGUGGCUGGUUGGAAGCAGAGGGAGAGUGGAAUGAACCUCUUCCUUAUUCCACAUCCUCAACUCAACUUUAUUUAUUUAGAACAGUUUAAAAUAACCGAGGUUGACCAAAGUGCUUUACAAUUUACAAACAGACAAGUAAUAGAUAGAUAGAAAGAAAUAGAAAUAGAAAGAUAAAUAAAUAGAAUAGGAUGAGUACAGAAUACAAUGAAAUAAAAAAAGAGUAAAAUAAUAAUAAAUUACAAUAUUUUUUAAAUAAAAUUUUGCCAAAAUUGCCUAAAACUAAUCAAAAGCCAGUCUGAAAAUGUUUGUUUUCAAAGCUCAUUUAAAAAACUUGAGUGAUUGUGCAGAUGGAACAUGAAACGGCAGGUUAUUUUAGAUCGUAGUGUCAUGGUUACCCUGGAUUCACACUGAAAGCGUCAUGGGCGUCAUAGGCGUCCGGCUGCCAUCCAUUUUCUAAGAAAGGGCGCGUCGAGAGGCGUUGGAGGCGUCAGGAGCAGCGUGUCCAGAGCGUCAAUUUGAAGUUGAAAAAUCUCAACUUUAUGCAAAUGAGCAGCGGCAACACGUACACUCAUUCACAUGCAUACAUGAGCAUAGAUGUGCACUAACACACUUAUUCUAUCAGGAAUUAAUAUAUUUCAUCCAGCAAACUGACAUUUUUGCUGAUUUGACUGCCGUUUUUACCUGAACUCUGCUCAUGUGAAACACCUAACUGAUGGUUGAGGGGCUGGAUGGUCCGAACGAUUUUAUUUGUUACAUUGAUCCAAUGCAAAAUAAUUAAAAACGUGCUUAUUAAUCACAAAACACAGUUUAAACAACAUGACCAAAUCCGCUACGACCCGGUGUGUCAGUGUUGCUCACCACAGACAGACUGCAGCUUCACCGGGACCAGCGGCUGCUGUUGAUCCAGGACCAACCUUGUUAAAGAGCAUCAAACUCACUCUUAUCUAUGUGGAAAUAACGCUAAAAUAUAAAGAAGGCUUCCCAAAGUCUGAUGCAUGGUUAAAUAGGAAAUAGGAUAUAUGUAGUCUAUAUGCACUUUGUUCCCUUCAGGUCUGCAGUGCAGCUUGAAAGCCCCGCCACUGCAGGCGUCAGACAGACUAUAGUGUGAAUCUACCAAGCAGCGCGAUGCAGGCGUCAGGAGAUUUUUGACGCUUUCAGUGUAUCCAGCAUAUCCGGCCUUCAGUAGUUUUUCCACUCACCUCUCACCCCAUCUGCCAGCCACACCCACCUCGUCAGUCACGCCAUUCACCUGCUCUCCCAGCUGCAGCUCCUCAGCCAUCAAGACGGUUUAAAACAGGGGUGGCCAAUCCUGGUCCUCGAGAGCCCUGUUUUAGAUGUUUCCCUGCUUCAGCACACCGUGAUAAAAGUAGCUGUUUCAACAACAUAACUGUCCAGACCUUUAUGACAUGCUAAGGCAAGGCAAGGCAAGGCAAGGCAAAUGUAUUUAUUUAUUUAUAUUGCACAAUUCAACACAAGGUAAUUCAAAGUGCUUUACAUUGACAUUAAAAGCGGCUAAACAUAAUUAGAUAGUAAAUAACAAAUAAGAAUAAGAUGAUAAAAAAAGAAGUAAAAUAAUAAAAAGCACAAGCUGUUAAAAAUAAGGGCAGUAGAGUACAGCAGGUAAGUUUAAUUUAGGAGUACGCUUGAGUAAACAGUAAUGUUUUUAGGCCUGAUUUAAAGGAGCUGACAGUUGGAGCAGACCUCAGGUCUACAGGAAGUUUGUUCCACCGGUGAGGAGCAGAAUAACUGAACGCUGCCUCACCUUGCUUGGUUCUGGUUCUUGGGAACCACAACAAACCAGAUCCAGAUGGACCUCAGGGGUCUGGGAGCUUCAUAGGAACUAACAGAUCCAGCAUGUAUUUUGGUCCAAGACCAUUCAGUGCUUUGUCUAUCUCUGCUUCUCUAUCCUUUGACUCACUGGAAGCCAGUGUAGCGAUUUCAUGACCGGUGUAAUGUGGUCCAGUUUCCUGAUGUUUGUAAGGACUCUGCGUUCUGGAUCAGCUGCAGCUGCCUGAUAGAUUUCUUGUUAAGGCCUUUAAAGAUGCCAUUGCAAUAAUCCAACCUACUGAAAAUGAAUGCAUGAAUAAGUUUUUCCAUGUCUUGUUUAGACAGAAUCCCCUUAAUUCUGGCAAUGUUUUUUAGGUGGUAAUAGGCAGAUUUAGUGAUAAACUUUAGAUGGCUGUUGAAGUUCAGGUCUGAGUCAAUAAUUACACCCAGAUUUCUGGCUUGAUUUGUAGCUGUCAAUGACAUGGAGCCAAGGUGAGCGCUGAUCUUUUCCCUUUCAUUUUUAGGGCCAAAAAUGAUCACCUCUGUCUUUUCUGCAUUUAGCUGGAGAAAAUUCUGGCACAUCCACUCAUUGAUUCGAUGAAUACAGUUACUCAAUGAGAUCAGGGGACUGUAGUCAUGUGGUGACACUGAAAUAUAGAGCUGUGUGUCAUCGGCAUAAGUAUGGUAGGAAAUGUUGUGAUGUUCCAUAAUCUGAGCUAGGGGUAGCAUAUAGAUGUUGAAUAGAACCUGUCCGAGAAUUGCCCCUUGAGGAACCCCACAUGUGAUCUUGGUUCUCUUAGACUCAUGGUUUCCAAUUGACACAAAAAAGACCCUAUCGUGCAAUAGGAUUUAAACCAUUGAAGCACAGUACCGGUAAGUCCCACCCACUUUUCCAAUCUGCUGAGAAGAAUGUUAUGAUCAACUGUGUCGAAUGCAGCACUGAGAUCCAAUAAUACCAGAACAGAGGAUUUGCCUGCAUCAUUAUUCAGAUGAAUAUCAUUUAAGACUUUGAGUACAGUCUCAGUGCUGUGGUGUGGCCGAAAUCCAGAUUGAAAUGCGUUAAAAGGUUGUUUUGCAUCAUAAAAGCAUGGAUUUGCUGGAAAACGACCUUUUCAAUGAUUUCCCCCAAAAAUGGCAGAUUUGAUAUUGGCCUAUAGUUACUAAGUGUUGUAGCAUCCAGAUUUGAUUUUUUUAGAAGAGGUUUUAUUACUGCAGUUUUCAAGGCAUGGGGAAACUGGCCUGUUUGAAGAGAAGUAUUUAUUAUCUGCAAUACAUCCGGAGCUAUGCAGUUAAAAACUGUUUUAAAAAAGUUUGAAGGCAGAAUAUCAAGACAGCAUGUUGUGGGCUUUAAUUUUGAAACUGUUUCCGUAAGGGUUUUGUAAUCCAAAACGCUGAACUGUCCCAGCUUUACUAGAGGAUAGGAAGGCCAUAGUGUUAUCAUUCCUGAGGUGGAGCACAUUGCUUGUCUUAUCUGUAAUAUUUUGUUUGUGAAAAAGUCAGCAAAGUCAUUACAGGCCUUUUUUGACAGCGGUUCAAUGGGGAUUGAGGCUGUGGGGUUUGUUAGUCUUUCUACCACAGAAAACAGUGUGCGAGCAUUAUUACUGUUUCUAUCGAUAAUCUCUGGAAAAAUACGAAAUACUGAAAAAUAAUGAGGACGAGUAAUUUGAAUCAGGUGUGAGGAAGCAGGGAAACAUCUAAAACGUGUUGGAUAGGGCCUCUCGAGGACCAGGAUUGGCCACCCCUGGUUUAAAAGCUCCACUCUCCUCCACACUCACUGCCAGAUCGUUCUCUUAGCCAUCUCGAUGAAAGACUCCCCAGCGUUCUCUGUUCUGACUCCGUUGCUGACCCUGCCUGGUUUUGGACUCUGUCUUGUCUCCUGUUCUCCGGUGCCCGACCUUGUCUUCCAAACCAGACACGGAUAAUUGCCUGAUCCUUGUCCUGCAUUCCUGCCUGCUCUUCGCCCCUGCUGUGGGAAAUAAAGUUAAUCAGACAAGAUACCAUUGUGUGCUCUGUGUGCUGCAUUUGGGUUCUCCGCCGGCCGUUACACCUAGAUCCUUCCUGGCACAUAAUAUCCUCUUCAGUUGGGCAGCUAAUCCCGAACAAGUAACUGCAAACUCAAAUUACAUUAAUAAUUGGUUCCCACACAAGACUUCAGCCAUACCCCCCCCCCUUCCAAAAGAUUAAAGAUUAAACAUGCCCUAUUUAAAAUGUAUAAAUACACCUAAGACCUUAAACGGACGUACGACUGAAUGCAUCUUCUUGGUGCAACUGAACGAACAUGUUACAUUACAUUUUAGGGAUGCCCCGAUACCGAUACUGGUAUCGGUAACAAUGAGAUUGUUUAUGUUCUUUUUCUUCUUCUUCUCUGUUUUAUUAGCGGAUCGCAAACAACUUUAAAGGUGCAUACCGCCACCUACUGUAAAAGAGUGUGUAACAUAAUUUCAUUUAGCCUGUUUUUAAAAUUCUAUUAGAUUGUUUAUGUUGUUUCACAUGGAUGGCUUCAGGUGAAGCACCGCACAUGCGCAGUUGAUGUACCUGCGAUGAGACAGCGCGGAGGAAAGCCUGGCCGGCUGAGUUUUGUUUAAAAUUGAAUUUCUGUUGCAAAUAAAACCUGUCUUCCAAUUCAUUGCAUUUUUCAUUGCAUUUUUAGCCUAGUUAUUUUUGUGGUAGAAGUAUCGGAUCGGUACUCGGUAUCGGCGAGUACACAAAUUAAAAUACUCGUAC